GGCGUGGUGGCCGGGCACCCCAUGUGGGCUCAGGGCUGAAUUCACACUUGGGUACAGAGCCCUGUCCCGCUUCCUCUUUGGUACUUCAGCGCGUCUCGACCCCAGGCUAGGGUCACCAGAGUCCGUGGUCCCUGGGAUCCCGGGGUCCGCGUUCCCUGGCGUCCUAGGCGGGUGACCCUGAAGCGCAGGGGCCACCUCCUCCGCCACUAUGCGAAAGCCAGACGGGAAGAUUGUGCUGUUGGGGGACAUCAACGUGGGCAAGACGUCGCUGCUGCAGCGUUACAUGGAGCGUCGCUUCCCGGACACGGUCAGCACCGUGGGCGGCGCCUUCUACCUGAAGCAGUGGCGUUCCUUCAACAUCUCCAUAUGGGACACCGCAGGGCGGGAGCAAUUCCACGGCCUGGGCUCCAUGUACUGUCGGGGGGCGGCCGCUGUCAUCCUCACCUAUGAUGUGAACCACCCGCAGAGCUUGCUGGAGCUGGAGGACAGAUUCCUGGGCCUCACAGAGACAGCCAACAAUGACUGCCUGUUUGCCAUCGUGGGAAACAAAGUGGACCUGAUGGCAGAGCGGGCCACAGAGGGUGGGGAGAAGGAGGGACAGGCCUCUGGGAAGGCGAGCAGCUCUGUCUCCUCCAAGGUACCCAAGCAGGUGCAGCCAGAGGAUGCAAUGGCCCUUUACAAGAAGAUCCUCAAGUACAAGAUGCUGGAUGAGGGGGAGAUGCCAGCCGCUGAGCAGAUGUGCUUUGAGACCAGUGCCAAGACUGGGUACAAUGUGGACCUUCUAUUUGAGACCCUGUUUGACCUGGUGGUGCCUAUGAUCGCACGGCAGAGAGCUGAGGAGCCAUCGCAGAUUGUGGAUAUAGCCAGCUGCAAAAAAACACCCAACCAGACCAGAUCUGGGUGCUGUGUCUGACGGCAGGAGGUCUCCCUCACAUCAUCCGGCGUGUGUGGGAGCCACUGGGCUCAGAAGUUUCCCAGAACACUGUUUAAGAGGGCAGUAGGUGGAAGAAAUGACCUCCAGCUGCUAAUGCAGGUCAGAGUACCCAGAAACUUCUGGGCGUCAGGAGGCGGGACUCAGACCCUCUGUAGAGGCAGCCUGGUGCCACCUUGCCCAUUGCCCUGUGCAUAUCUACCACCAUCGUGGA